AUGCUAUGUGUACCACAGUUUACCUACUUACUCGUGGAUACCAAGAAUCUCAUCGAGUUCGUCGCGGUGUUGGUACCCAUCACGGAGAUAUUAUUGACGAAUCUGAAGAUGAUCAUUUGCAACGUCAAGAGAGCGAAAAUCAUUAGCCUUAUAAACCAGCUGCAGACGGAGUGGACGGAAUUUCAAAAAUCAGAUUCAGCGGAGAUUAGUAAGCUUGUUAAGCAAACCGCUAAAAAGAGCCGCAUAUUCGUUAUCAUCUACACGGCUUCUUUCGUACUGAUCUGCGUAGAGUAUGCAUCACUGCCAUUGUUCAAACUGGUGUACCAUCGCGUUUUUUCAAGCCACGAUACCAACUAUACCACCACUUUACCCUAUAUGGCAAGCACCGAAAGCAGCACAAGCUUUACGCUCACGUACAUUUUUAUCCUGGUCGCGGUCUACAUUCUCGCGCUAACGCUUAGCGGCUUCGACAGCCUAUUCGCCACGCUGGCAAUGCACAUAACGACCAUGUUUAAGUUUUUGAAAAUUGAAAUCGAUCAGCUAGAGCUGGAUCUGCGUGCCGGGUUGCCCAGUAAGGACCUGCACGCCAAGAUGAAGCGCAUCAUUUUGAAGCACAAAAGCAACCUUUCCUUGAUCGAUCAGCUCGAGGAUGGAUUCAGCUUCUAUUUAAUGGUACAAUUUCUAACCAGCUCAAUCGUUGUCUGUGUGGUGCUGUAUGAGCUGACGAUUGUGUUUGGUUGGAACGAGGACACCGUCAAAACGAUCACCUACCUGCCGGGUGCGAUUCUGCAGCUUUAUCUUUUCUGCUGGUACGCACAGAACAUCACAGACGAGGCGAGACUGGUGGCGGAUCACAUCUAUAACAUCCCGUGGUACUUAAGCGAUCCAGCCCUACAAAAGACGAUUCUCACGUUCAUGGUGAAAGCGCAAAAGCCCGCAGGAGUUACAGCGUCAAAGUUUUACAUGGUCACACUGCAAAGUUUCCAACGAAUUUCUAGCACAUCUUACUCGUACUUCACCUUACUGCAAACAAUCAAUCAACAGUAA